GCAUCCUGCAGGGGGGCUGGGCCCUCUGCCGGGCAUCAGCCUGCCUGCUCUCUGCCUAAGCCCUCUUGCCAACCAUGGUGGGUCCCUCCGAUCUCCCAUCAUCUCAUCUGAGAAUCAGAGGACAUAAUCCUCUUACAGGCCCAUGAUUUAUAGCGUCGCUUAAUCUAAAGGCUCUAAGUCAGAUUCGUUAUGAUCUACUGAUUGUGGGGACAUGAACAGGUUUGCUUAAAGGGGCUGGGCUGGCACGGCCCUGCAGCUGUCAGAGGGAAGGUGGCAGGAAGAAAGCGGCACCCUGCUGGGAAGAUGAAGGCGCUCCUGCUGCUGGUCCUGCCCUGGCUCAGUCCUGCCAACUACAUUGACAAUGUGGGCAACCUGCACUUCCUGUAUUCAGAACUCUGUAAAGGUGCCUCCCACUAUGGCCUGACCAAAGACAGGAAGAGGCGCUCACAAGAUGGCUGCCCAGAUGGCUGCGCCAGCCUCACAGCGACGGCGCUCUCCCCAGAGGUCUCUGCGGCUGCCACCAUCUCCUUAAUGAUGGACGAGCCUGGCCUAGACAACCCUGCCUACGUGUCAACGGCCGAGGAUGGUCAGCCAGCAAACAGUCCCUUGGACUCUGGCCGGAGCAACCGGACUAGGGCACGGCCCUUUGAGCGAUCCACUAUCCGAAGUAGAUCUUUUAAAAAAAUUAACCGAGCUUUGAGUGUUCUUCGAAGGACAAAGAGUGGGAGUGCAGUUGCUAAUCAAACUGACCAGGGCAGGGAACAUCCUGCAAAUCCCACUGCCCCUGAAGUCUUUCCAAGGCUGUAUCACCUGAUUCCAGAUGGUGAAAUUACCAGCAUCAAAAUCAAUCGAGUGGAUCCCAACGAAAGCCUCUCCAUCAGGCUUGUGGGAGGCAGCGAAACCCCACUGGUCCAUAUCAUUAUCCAACACAUUUAUCGUGAUGGAGUGAUUGCUAGAGAUGGCCGGCUGUUGCCAGGAGACAUCAUCCUCAAGGUCAACGGAAUGGACAUCAGCAACGUCCCCCACAACUACGCCCUGCGCCUCCUGCGACAGCCCUGCCAGGUACUGCGGCUCACCGUGCUGCGAGAGCAGAAGUUCCGAAGCAGGAGCAAUGGACAGGUGUUGGACUCCUACGGACCUCGGGAUGACAGUUUCCAUGUGAUUCUCAACAAAAGCACCCCCGAGGAGCAGCUGGGAAUAAAACUGGUGCGCAAAGUGGACGAACCUGGGGUGUUCAUCUUCAAUGUGCUGGAUGGGGGCGUGGCGGACCGACACGGCCAGCUAGAGGAGAACGACCGCGUGCUGGCCAUCAAUGGACAUGACCUCCGAUAUGGCAGCCCAGAGAGCGCGGCUCAUCUGAUUCAGGCCAGCGAAAGGCGCGUCCACCUCGUCGUGUCCCGCCAGGUUCGACAGCACAGCCCAGACAUCCUUCAGGAAGCCAGCUGGAUCAGCAAUGGCAACUGGUCCCCAGGCCCAGGCGAGAGGAGCAACACUCCCAAGCCCUUCCAUCCUGCAGCCACCUGUCACGAGAAAGUGAUAAAUGUUCGAAAAGACCCCAGUGAAUCUCUCGGCAUGACCGUUUCAGGGGGAGCAUCGCAUCGGGAAUGGGACUUGCCUAUCUACGUCAUCAGCGUUGAACCUGGAGGAGUCAUAAGCAGAGAUGGAAGAAUAAAAACAGGUGACAUUUUGUUGAGUGUCAAUGGGACUGAGCUCACAGAAGUCAGCAGGAGCGAGGCGGUUGCCUUACUGAAAAGCACGUCCUCCUCGGUGGUACUCAGAGCCUUGGAAGUCAAAGAACAGGAGCCCCCAGAAGAUGGCAGCAACCCAGCCGCCCUGGACUCCAACCACAACCUGACCCCACCCGGUGACUGGGCCCCAUCCUGGGUCAUGUGGCUAGAAUUACCACGGUACUUAUAUAACUGUAAAGAUGUUGUAUUACGAAGAAACACAGCUGGAAGCCUGGGCUUCUGCAUUGUAGGAGGUUAUGAAGAAUACAAUGGAAACAAACCUUUUUUUAUCAAAUCCAUUGUUGAAGGAACACCAGCAUACAAUGAUGGAAGAAUUAGAUGUGGUGAUAUUCUUCUUGCUGUCAAUGGUAGAAGUACAUCAGGCAUGAUACAUGCUUGCUUGGCAAGGAUGCUGAAAGAACUUAAAGGAAGAAUUACCCUCACUAUUGUUUCUUGGCCUGGCACUUUUUUAUAAAAUCAAUGAUGGGCCUCAGAAAAACAAAAAUCACAAAUAGGCUAAGUUGAAGCAAUGUAUUUAUCAAGUUUUAUAUUUAAAGAAUACAUUGUAAAAAUGUAAAAAAAAAAAAAAAAUGACCUAAUGAAACCCAGUUACACCUCAGAGAAUAUUCUCAAAAUAAAAACCACUAUUAAUAGUUUUUAAUUCAGUGUGGAAGAUUUAUCAUUACAACUUUAAGUUUAUAUUUUUACACUUGAUUAAAAAGUCCAAAUGAAAUGGUUUAUAUGCCCCACUGAAUUCAAAUCAGUGAUUUAAAUAAAAAAUCUGGUACAUACUUAGUUUUAGAAAGAGUAUAUAUGGUGAUUUUUAAUUCAAAAGCCAGAGGAUUUUUUUUAAAAAAAUGCAUUGCUCAGAAACAUUUAUUUCAUCAACUGAGAAAUAAAAUAUUUUUCAAAAAUCAUAGUUGUCUUUGUAUUUGAUUCUAUUGUUUACUUCUAUUAUCAUCCAUUUAAAAAAUCCCAGUAAUUCUAUCUUUGAAACACCAAGUUGUUACCACAAUUUAUAAAUGCCUUCUAAAGUUAUCCCUAAAA